AUGCCAGUUACUGGAAUCGUUUUGUGUAGUCAUGCAUUCCAUGCAGAAUGCUUGGAUCAAAUAACACCAAAAGCAUGUAAGAAUGACCCUCCAUGUCCUAUAUGUGUCAGAUUUGAAGAAGAAAAUUCUCCCGAUCAGCGAAUUUUUUCCAAGUUCAGAAAAUGCUUCCUUCGUCUAAAACCUUAUUUUGAAGAUGGGUCGUCCAAGCCUUGGGGCUGUGCACAGGGCAGUAAUUGUGUUGAAGGGGCUUUGCAGACUCAAGGUCGCAGUGCAUUUUUGUCACUUAAUCAUAAUCGAUAUAGAAAAAACAUUUUCUUAAAGGGCAAGCCAGGUCAGGAUUUCCUAGAGAAUAGUAGCUGUUAG